AUGCCGAUCACCCACCUUCCUCUCAACGAGCUCCUCACUUCCGGUCCCGACACCCACGGACGCCGAUCCCUUCAUGAUGUUCACUGUCGUGUAUCGAAGGCCAAGAAGGUUGUGGUAGUGAGCGGGGCGGGCAUUAGCUGCAGCAGCGGAAUUCCGGACUUCCGUUCUGCAGACGGGUUGUAUGCACUCGUCAAGUCCCGGUAUCCUGACUCGUUCGUCAACGGCAAGGAGCUGUUCUCUUCAGGCCUUUUCAUGAAUCCAAACACGACAUCCAUUUUUUACACCUUCAUUGCGGAGUUGUCUCUAGCCUGCCAAGCGGCAAACCCCACGAGAACCCACCACUUCAUCCAUCGCUUGGAGAGGAAGGGAAAGCUCCUGCGUAGCUAUACGCAGAACGUGGAUGGGUUUGAGCGACGGCUCGGCAUUGAGAGUGGAGGUCGCGGUCGGGGACUGAAGAAGAACGGGACUCGAAACGUGGAACUUCAUGGCGACCUGGGCCGCGUCCGCUGCGUUUUGUGCUACACGGACUAUGAAGCGAGACAGGAGUGGGUCUUGAUGUUCCGGGAAGGAGAAGCGCCGGAAUGCCCCGCGUGUCAAGCGCGCUGUAAGUUUUACGCUAUUCACAACCGUCAUGGGCUGACCGGCAAAGGCGAAUCGCGCAUUGCAAGAUCAGCUCGAGCGACCCCUAUUGGCUCACUCCGACCAUCGAUCGUCCUCUAUGAUGAGCCGCAUCCGUUGGGCGACGAGAUCGGGCAGCUGCAAACGUACGACAUGCGCCGCGGCCCCGACGUGCUGCUCAUUAUGGGAACUUCAUUGAAGGUGCACGGGCUGAAGCGGCUCGUGAAGGAUUUCGCCCGAGUCGUGCACGAGAAGAAGGGUGUCGUCGUUUUCGUCAACGCUACUGCGCCGAGCAAGGAGUGGGAAGGCGUCAUCGAUUAUCAUAUUGAGGGGCAGACGGAUGCUUGGGUUGAGCGAUUCGAAGAGGAUUGGCGCAAGAUUUGCCCGCGGGACUGGGAAAAACAGACCAACCUCGACGGCAAUGUGGUCUUUGGCUCGGUAGCCAAGUCAAAGCCCAAGCCGAAGGCGAAGAGGCGAGUCCCGGAAGUGAGCAUUCCUGUGCGAUCACAUUCAUGCGAGCACAUCCCACUGCAGCUCCCCACUCCUCCCGCUUCCCAGCAAUCACCGCCGCCUAGUGAGGCAUCAGAAUUGUCUGACUUGUCUGAUGUCUUAUCGUCUCCGCCCAGCUCUCCGGUGCUCGCCCCCGCGAAAGACCUGGAGCCUCCGCUCACGCCGGUCUCUCCGAGCAAACGAGGAACCCCGUCGACCGUCACUCAACAGAGCAAGAAGACGAAGCCCCCACCAGCGUCCCCGUCAACGGGGAAGCGAGCUAUUCCAGGCCGAGGCAACUUAUUCACCGAGUCGCAGUACGACAACUUGUUGUCCAGCAGCAGUGACGACAAUGUUUUCGGGUCGCCCACCAAAUCAAUGCCGAAAGCACCCGCGAGAUCGAAGAAGGCUUCCGCUGCCAACGCCAAAGCCGCCGAAGUUGCAAAGCCCAAGCCACGUCGGCGAGCUGCUGGUGGAGCCGACAAGGAGACCGCGGGACUGGGCUCCCGUGGGCCCAUGAGGCGAACCAACUCUCUGCGCGCAUGCUGA